GCGAACCCCUUCCGGUCCGGCCCGCCGGGCGCUUCCGGCAGGAAGGGGCUCGGUCCCGGGAGGGGGCCGAAGGGAAGUCCCGCCUCUACCGCGGACUCCGUCACUCACGGGGCCGGGACGGGAGGGGCGGACAGGUCCGGUUCCGGAGCUGACAUGAUCGAAGUAGUGGCAGAGCUGAGCCGGGGUCCUGUGUUCCUGGCGGGGGAGGCGCUGGAGUGUGUGGUGACGGUCACCAACCCGCUGCCCCCCACGGCCACCUCGGCAUCCAGUGAGGCUCUGGCCUGGGCCAGUGCACAAAUCCACUGCCAGUUCCAUGCCAGUGAGAGUCGAGUAGCACUGCCUCCCCCAGACUCCAACCAGCCAGAUGUUCAGCCUGAGAGCCAGACUGUCUUUCUCCCACACCGAGGUGAGAGGGGUCAGUGUAUCCUUUCCACUCCACCAAAAAUCCUAUUCUGUGACCUGAGGCUAGAACCUGGGGAGUCCAAAUCAUACUCCUACAGCGAAGUGCUACCCAUAGAGGGACCACCCUCCUUCCGAGGUCAGUCAGUUAAGUAUGUCUACAAAUUGACCAUUGGCUGCCAGCGUGUCAACUCACCCAUCACGCUACUCAGGGUCCCUCUGAGGGUUCUUGUGCUGACUGGCCUUCAGGAUGUCCGGUUUCCCCAGGAUGAGGCGGUAGCCCCAUCCAGUCCAUUCUUGGAGGAGGAUGAAGGGGGGAAGAAGGAUUCAUGGCUAGCUGAGCUGGCUGGGGAGCGCCUCAUGGCUGCCACAUCCUGCCGCAGCCUCCAUCUAUACAAUAUCAGUGAUGGCCGAGGAAAAGUUGGGACAUUUGGCAUCUUCAAAUCUGUAUACAGACUUGGCGAGGACGUGGUGGGAACCUUAAACUUAGGGGAAGGAACUGUAGCUUGUUUACAGUUUUCAGUAAGUUUGCAGACCGAGGAGCGUGUACAGCCAGAGUACCAGCGGCGCCGCGGGGCAGGGGGUGCCCCCUCUGUGUCCCAUGUGACUCAUGCCCGACACCAGGAGUCCUGCCUUCAUACAACCAGAACCAGCUUCUCCCUCCCCAUCCCUCUCAGCUCCACCCCAGGCUUCUGCACUGCCAUUGUGUCCCUGAAGUGGCGAUUGCAUUUUGAAUUUGUAACAUCCCGGGAACCAGGUUUGGUGCUCCUACCUCCUAUGGAACAGCCCGAGCCUGUCACCUGGACAGGGCCUGAGCAGGUGCCUGUAGACACCUUCAGCUGGGACCUCCCCAUCAAGGUGCUGCCCACAAGCCCGACCCUGGCCUCAUAUGCAGCCCCAGGCCCCAGUACCAGCACCAUAACCAUCUGAAACUGGCCCACCACAGCACUACUUUCUUCAGGAUCCUGAGAACUCAGCACCUGGACUCUAGUAGGGCCCAUUUUUUCCACCUGGGGCCCAAUGACACGGACAAUAAGAAGCAGGCUUUCAGCUGUAGCAUUAAUUUAUUUAUUCAGAAUAAAUUGGCAGCUGCUAGUGGUUUCCCUGGAAGUGGCAGCAGCAGUGGGCAGUCAGCAGAAGGGUGAUCAGUUGAGUUUAGCCGGUAUGGGGAGCAGGAGCCCCAGGAACAGGGGUAUUAGCCGAGCCCCACUCUGGGUCAGGCCCUCCCCCUUUGCAGGGCAGCCGAGGGUCAGAUUUUUGUACCAGGGAGAAUUGGCAGGUUCCUGCCUCCUGUCGUACCUCACACUCAGCAGGGAAGUCGAUGGGAUGCUGGGACCUGGGGACCCAAAGGAUGGGGAAGGAGUCAGCACAGUGAAGGGCCACCUUUCCCUCCCCACGUUCCCCUUCUCCCAGCAGUCCUCCCAGAUCUUCUCCUGGUGCCCCUUUGGUCCCCCUAACUAAAUUCUCACCUACCGUAGUUGGAUUUUUUUCAUUUCAUAGCAGCAAUAUUUUCCUUCUCGAUCCACCCCUACCUUCCUCACUUUGUAGCCUGAAGCUUUCUCUCUCACCCUCUUGUUACCUUCAGGUUUGGUCAGCCUCAUACUACUAUUCUGUUCAUUCUAACUUGACAGAAUCUAGUCGUGCCCUGGCCAUCUCUCCCAUCAGAGCCAUUCUCUCUGGCCAUUUCUGGUCACUCACGUGUCACAGCAGCCCACACCGACAGGAUGCAGGCAGGUGCAGUGGAAGCAGUCCUUGCGGAGCCAGGACUCACCCAGGGUAAAAUAUUUCCCUUCAUAGUGGCAGGGCGCUAGGGAAGAGCAGGAAAUGUUAGUGUAAGGGGAGCAGUGGCGGCAGAUAGAAUCAUCCUGGAGUAGGAGAGAGCUCAGGGCACACUCUCCCCAUAUGUAGUCUUUCCUUUUCUGAGUGGCCCCGGAUCAUCUCUAAGCCCCCCUCCAACCAGUGAAUGCCCUCCGCUCCUUUUCCUUUCCUAAUGCCUCACCCAGCGUUACCUUGAGCUUGGAAGUAGCAUUUGCUGUGGACUCCUGGGUGCUGAAGGAGCAGAGAUAGCACCAAGCAGAUGAUCCUCCAGCCUCCCAGGAUCCCCUUAGCCUGUCCAGCCCAGAACAUCCUUAGGGCCAUUUCUGGAGCAGAGCCCUUUCGGACCCUCUUGGCUUCUGGUCAGGCUACUCCGGUCUUGUCUCCUUGGCUCUUCUUUGUUUCUCUCCUCGAGUCUUAGUGUCUGUCUUUUCCCCUGGGCUCCCGUCUCACACCAUCUCCUUGCCCUCUGCUCUCACAGGCUUGGAGAUGUUUAUAAAGUGAGGACCCUGGCCCCCUGCUGAGUAGAGCUGGAAAAGCUGUAACUCUGUUUCCUGGGGUGAGGGCAUGAAAACAAGAGGUCCAGCUUUAACAAGCUGUGAGAGCUGAUUCAUGCCCCUGCACAGCUAGGGGGAGGGAGGUGGCCAUGGAGGGGGCACUGGACUGGGCACUCCCCCAGCAAGGAGGUGGGAGGGGUGAGGGCCCCCAGGUGGUCCCCAGAUCUCUGACCUGGAGAGAAGGAAGCAUUCCACCAUCUCCCACCCCACCCCACCCCACCAUACCACACACACUCUCUCCAGGGGUGGAUGUGCUGGGAUCCCUGCCUGGACCGGAGGGAGGCAUUUCCUGGGGAUGGCUAAUCCUGUGCCCCAGCCAAACCCAGGAGCUGCUGUAGGGUGCAACGGCCAGAGGCUCCAGGAGAGCAAACAGGCACCUGGAGUGGAGACUGUUUCUCUCAGACCCCAGGGCAGGGUCUCCCUGAAGUAUCCUAGAGACAUGGCUGCUCCUGAGAUGGGGGUCAGGGGAUAGGGUGUCUCUUUUCCACAGGCAUCCAGAGAUGGGCUCUCCAUUGUUCAUCACCCAAACAUAGCAGAUACGCGAUCUCCCCGUCCGGAUGUUUUUUUCAGAGGAACGUUUCCUCCAAAUGCUCUAAUGUAGGAGUCGCCCCAGUUUCCUAGAGGUGCCCCUCUCUCUGUAUGUUAUGGAGGGAGGAUUUAGGAAUUUACCCCUUGACAUCCUCUUUUGGGUUUCCUGCAGGUUGUGGAGAACCCAAGAUGGGUGAUUAAGAGCAAAGGUUGCAGAGUCAGACUACUUGGAUUCAGAUCCUGACUCCACUUAAGAGCUAUGUGACUUUUGGCAAGUUACUUCACCUCUCUAAACCUGUUUCCUUAUCUAUAAAUUGGGAUGGUACUACUCGUAGGGUUGCUAAGAAUAUUAAAUGAGAUAAUGCAUGUUAUCUGUCCCCAGCACAUAGCCCUCAGAAAAUAUUAGCUACUGAGGUUGGCGCUAGAGCUUAGAGACAAAAUGGGUAGAUACUCCUUUUAAUGACAUUGAGCUUCUGCUGUCUCCAGGCAUGGACUCAUGUCCCUUUCGCACUCAUGCUCCAUGUCAUCCCUACCACCGCCUUCAGAAACUACCUCCAGGAGCAUUUUGGUUUUUGGUUUUGGUCUUUGUAUCUUUGAAAUUCUAAGUGUUUGGUUUGAGCAAUGGUGUUGCUGAUAAAACUGUUUUCCCUAGGCCAGUGCCCUCACUCCUGCCCUGGGAAGAGAGAUUUUCUUACCCUACCAGCUCACUUAGUACUGCUUUUUCUUACGGACUUUGAUCCAUUUCUUCCCAUCCUCACUCAUGCAAACUCUCGCGUUCUCCUUUCUGAUCACUCUAAUGCUGGCUGUCUCUUUGGUACUAAUGUCCUCUGGCUAAACUGGAUUUCUUUCAUUUUUCUACACGCCACAGGCUCCUAUUCCAGGGAGUCCCCUCCUACCGACAGGGCCAGUCACUUUGGCAUGGAUUUUAUUUUUCCAUCCAAGUCUCUAGUCCAGCCGUGGGCAAACUACGGCCUGCGGGCCGGAUCCGGCCCGUUUGAAAUGAAUAAAACAAAACAAA